CACCAUUUCCCUCUAAAAAAGUAAAACUCAAGUUCACACCUCAACACACACAGUAACACACACAAAUUCACAAGUGCCACUUGUUUCUUCCCCGUACACCUCAUCAGCUGUACUGCAAAAAUGGCAACCUGCUUCUCCCUUCCCGCCACUCGUACUUCCUUUAUGCACUUCCCUUCCAACCCCAAAUCUUACAAAAUCCAUUGUUCCUCCCUCACAUCUCAAUCCCUCUCCGCCAAGGACAAUCUCCUCCGCCUUAUCUCUGACCAAGAACGUGGCCUCAAGACUCAAUCCGACCCGCAAAAACUCUCUGAAAUAAUCAAAGCAAUUGACGAUUUAGCCGCUAUCGGACGUGACACUGUCACCACUGACGCAUCCCUUUCGGCCACCUGGCGUUUGCUUUGGACUACGGAGAAAGAGCAACUUUAUAUUAUUAAAACUGCUGCUCCCUUUUUUGGUACUAAAGCUGGUGAUGUUCUCCAAGUUAUUGAUGUUGAAAAAGGGACUCUUAAUAAUGUUAUUACUUUUCCCCCUGAUGGAGUCUUCUUUGUUCGGUCCACUAUUGAUGUUGCUUCUUCUCAACGUGUCAAUUUCAGAUUCACAAGUGCAGUUCUGCGUGGAAAAAAAUGGGAGUUUCCUCUGCCACCUUUUGGACAAGGGUGGUUUGAGACUGUAUACCUUGAUGAUGAGAUUCGGGUAGUCAAAGAUAUCAGGCAAGAUUACCUGGUUGUUGAACGUGCUCCUUAUACUUGGAAAGAAUGAUUGUUGUAUUUCUCUUCUGCUAUCUCUGUACAUAAAAUUUUCUGAUCAGGAGGUUUUUAGAAUCCUAUGGCUUUUCACCCGUUUAAUACAAGACUGUAAAAGAUUAUCUUGUGGAGACAAGAGAAAGUUGCCAUAACCACUAUCCAGUUUGCUCAAGUGGCUUGAUGUGGUACUCGAGGAGACAAUGUGUCAGGUUCAUUCUAUCUUACUUUGUAUGUUCUGACUAAAAAACAGAAAAAAGGGAAAGAUACCGCCAAAUUUUGCUGCCUAUAAACUUCUUAGGAAGUAAUGAAAGUUAAGGGAGUGACUAUGUUGGAACUUUUGAUAGCUUGGACUUUGCAUAUCCUAUAAAGGGGGUUCAGCACAGUGCAUGGUCUGUCAUGGUUCCUUCUUUGAGAAAAGGUCGAAGUUAAAUGAUAUCUGAAGCUAGUUAAAUCAGAAGGAUAAAAGAGGGAGCGAGAGGAGAAGUGGCAGAAAGAAUUGGCAAAAACAUCACAUCUUAGUCAUGAUUCCUUCUUUAAGGAGAAAAUUGAGGUAAAUACUUUACUAUAUGUGAUGGCUACGGAGAGAGAGAGAGGAGGGGAGUGGGGUAGUAUGUGUGCCAUGCAUGCAGAAAGAUUUGUGCAACCUGCUCGCACUUCACCUCUAUGGUCCUUCCCAUCCCGUAAAGAAAGAAAAUAAACAACAAUAAGAGAAGGCUUUCUUUAAUUAAUGUAUAAGAAUAUGGGUUCCCAACUAGUUUUGGAUUAAGUGGUGGUAAUACUUAUUGUUCUAUAAGAAUACGUAGAUAUAACCUAAUCAUUUGGGCCUUUUGUAAUGCAUGAUAAUUGCAAUUGCUUGUGAAUUGUGGCAAAAUGCAGUUUGAUAUUGAACGUUAAAUUCUUUUUGUAUUGCUAGUGUCAUCUUAUG